UAUCACAUAAUUUGUCGCGAAAUGAAAAACUGAAAUAUUUUGAAUUUUGAGCAAGUCAAAACAUAGAACUUUAAAAAAAUCUCCGUAUUAUUUAUUAAGUACUUAGUUUGUACAGUCUUGAUAUUAUGAAGGGCCGAGUAACGGCUGAACAAAAUUUAAUUUUAUUAGAAUUUUUAAGGGAGCACCCUGGUCUUGCUAAAGGAAUAAACAAGGGUGCCAGACGACAAAAUAUUGACUCAAUAGAUUUGUGGAGUGAAUGUGCUGAAAAACUAAAUAGUGUUAAAAAUGGUGGGAUUAAAGAUAAAAAAGGCUGGUCUAAGUAUUGGUGUGACUUGAAGUAUAGAACAAAACGGAGAUACCUAGAAAUGAAGGCAGCUAAAGAAAACAAUCAGCCACUAGCAGAUGAUGUUUCGCUCACUCCAAUUGAAGAAAGUGUUCUUAAUGUCAUAAGUGAUGGUAACAUGGAUGAAGUUACCAUUAAAACAGAUCCUUUAGAUAUAUAUGACGAUGACUGCUAUGAUGAGACUGCAAGCGAUAAUGAUGAUGAAAAAGAAACAAAAUUUGAUGUGUCACAAGCAAAAAGGCCCCAAAAACGGAGUCAUUCAGAUGAGAAUGAAUCAGCACCGUCAAGCAGUAAAAUUCACCGAAAUGGAUUCCGCAAAAGAGAUAGUGAUGAUUCAGAUCUGGAUGAUGCUUCAAAGUUUUUAAAUAUGGAAGAAAAGAAGUUAGAAUGUACACAAAACAUUAGCAACAGUUUGCAAACCAUUUCAGUGGAAUUAAAAAAAUUAACGGAUGUUAUGAGUGACAUUCGGGAUGUUUUAAAAAAAAAAGAAAAAUAAAUUAAAAUUAAAAAAGUUUGUCCUCCACGGCGGGGAAUCGAACCCCGGUCUCCCGCGUGACAGGCGGGGAUACUGACCACUAUA